AUGCCUUCUCUGACGAGGAGAAGGUCGUCGGCGUCUCCCGGCGGGGUCAUCGUUCAUGACGAGGAAGAUACCUCGUCGUCGGAAGAUGAGUCGUUGGAUGGGGAGGUCGUCGUCGUGACGGGAAGAAAGGGAUCGACCCGGUUGGAUGAGGACCCGAGGGUGGAGGUGGAUGCAACGGUCUCAGUGAAGAAGACGAAGGCGGCGCCUAUCACGCUCAGCCUGAAGAAAGUUUGCAAGGUGCGGUCCAGACGCCACAAUCCCCUCCUAAACCCAGGAAUGGGAUGUUCCUCUACUUCACCCAAUCCGGCCGGUCUCUUCUUUUCUUUUACGACGCUUCUGGCCGGAACGCAUGCGCCAUCCGUUGAAUGCCGAAAUGAAUGCAGGUGUGCAAGGGGACGGGUCACGAAGCUGGUUUCAGAGGCGCCACCUACAUCGACUGCCCCAAGAAGCCCUGCUUCUUGUGCAAGAUGCCGGGUGAGCCGUUAGAAUAACUACUGGCUUUCCAUCCCUCAUAACGCGGCGGUAACUCUUAGUUUGUCAUAGUGGUUGCGCGGGCAUAUUUCGAAGGCUGUUUCCUCAACACCCAUAUUUCUUUUUGGUUUUCUCCACCGUUACGUGGACUAAUCGCCUGGAACAAUUCUCCUUCCUUCCUUCUUCCUCCUUUCCGCUCUUUUGCGUCCCAGUUUUUUUUUUUUUUUUAAUCUCGACAUUAAAGCUGCUCGUUCUACUGCAGGGCACACGACCAUUUCAUGUCCUCAUCGAGCGGCAGUAGAGAAUGGAGCCGUGCCUGCGCGAGACUCUCGAGGCGCUCAAACCCAUCUAGAUUACGUGUUCAAGCGCCAGCUGAGGGCUAAAAUCCCCGUGGUAUGGACUUACCGAUUUUUCUACAACUACUGACUAGAAUCCUGUAACGCGCAUAUGGCUAUUUACUUUUUCCGAGUCAUUUCCUUUUUAAAUAAACUAAAUUUAUUCUUAGGAUGUGUCAAUGCUGACCAGCAUCUUAGACCUGUGCAUAUGGAGCAGUGGGGGCAUCACUAUGGGAAAAAAAAAUAAAAACCGCUACUUGAGUUGCCAUACUUUGCGUUUCAUCAAUUAGAAUGUGCUUCUGGUCGAGGGUUCUAGCUUGAGAGCGUCCCAAGUGCAGUUACGCCAAACGUAGCUUAGUUGGUUCGGACAGCUAGCAUCAGGAAGAGAAAUAUUGGGCCCAGCAGCUUCCAGAGUCCGCCUGAAAUCUUUGGAUUCCUUUGGUAAAUUUUAUGUAGGAAUAAUGAAUAGCUCCUUCAUCAAUAACCAGUAAUUCUGAUUGUUCUCGACUGUGAACUCAAGCAUAUCAAUCAGAUCGUCAUUAAUGUCGUUGUUGUCCUUUCAGCUAAAACAAUCUUUUGUGAUUCCUGAUCAAGUAGAUUGUGGAGUCAUCAAGCUUCACAGUCGGCGUGUUACAUGUUUGGAGUUCCAUCCAACAAAAAGCAGCAUUCUUUUAUCCGGUGAUAAAGUAUGCGUUGAUUUGUCUAUUUACUUUGCAUUUUUAUAUGUUACUCGUUAUCUGUCUGAUGAAAUCAAUGUGUGUAAAUUUUCUUCAUCAUCCAAAGAAAGGGCAACUUGGAAUCUGGGACUAUGGUAAACUACAUGAGAAGACAGUUUACGGAUCCGUCCACUCCUGCAUAUUGAACAACAUGAAGUGAGGCCGGUUUUUUGUGUAGCUUACGCCAUUUUAAUAUUAGCUUAUUAACGAUAUUUGCUAAUUGGUGCCAUUAAUCUUUCAGGUUUAAUCCAUCAAAUGAUGUAAUGCUUUAUACAUCAUCGUCAGAUGGAACUGUCUGUUACACUGACAUUGAGACUGGAAUUCCCCUUAUUUUGAUGGAUCUUAAUCCAAAUGGAUGGAAUGUAAUGCUUUUCUUCAACUGUCGGCUCUCCACAUACAUAAAAAUGUGUGCUUAUGUUUUACAUAAAAAGUUAUCGUCUUUCAACUUGAUCAUUGAAUCAGUAAUUGCUUGCCUUUUACAAGGAAGUGAAGGACAUUUUAUGUUUCCUUUAUUUUCUUCCUCUUUGUUGCUUGACAGUAUAUUUAUUGCUUAUCUCGACAUUUAAAAUGAGUAAAUACCAAUCUUUUAAAAGUUUUUUUUCCCUGCAUAUUUUCUUUCCAUUUGUAAAACUUGAGUACGAGAAUGGUCUUAGCCCGUCUGAUGCCUGGACUUUACCUUAACAAUAUGCUUUAAAGUGAUGGGAUUUUUCAUCCUUCUUGCAACAUUUUCUACAAAUACUUAGCCAAACCGAGGUAUAAUCCUUGACGGAUUUUCUCAUUCACGUAUGGGUAAUCGUCUUUUUCCCGUUGUGAUUAUCUUAUCAAGAGGAUUCCCGUGCAUUUUUUCGUUUGAGGCGCCGGAUUUAUUUUCUGAAGUUCGUCUCUCUGUAUCUUUUUAAAUCUUUGAAACCUUAAAGACUGCAUUUUUUCUAUCUUACAAUUUUUUGGCCAUUAUUUUUAGGGUCCUGCAAGCUGGAGGAUGCUGUAUGGGCUAGAUGUUCACCCAGAGAAGGGUCUUCUACUUGUGGCAGAUAACUUUGGAUAUCUUUACUUGUGAGUGGAUUUGAUUCGCAUAUUUUCAGCUUUCCCACGUUCCUUAUGAGAAGCUUCCUGUAUUUUUUUAAUGGUGGCAUAUUUUCUCUCUCUGUUUUCGUAACUAGUUUGGAGGCAAUGCCACUGAAGAGUAUGAAUUGUUUUUAGCGAUCUGUCUUCAUCCUAGAAUUGUCUACUAAUCCGAAUCAAUAUCAGUCGGUAUUUGCGUGACUCUUUCAUGUUACUUGGUUUCGACAAAUCAUGCGGCCAUACUCCUGUUCUGACAUACCUUGGUCUGUCAUUCAUUUUGAUGAAUCUGAUGCUUCUUUUCUCUUUAAUCUUUGGGCAUCAUCCAGUGUACAUCUUUGUCUUAAAAUGUUUCUAGGGUUGAUAUGCGAUCCCAGAAUCCAAUUGGCGAGCCUCUGUUGAUCCAUAGGAAGGGUUCCAAGGUUGUUGGGCUCCAUUGCAACCCUCUUCAGCCUGACAUUCUUAUCAGUUGUGGAAACGAUCACUUUGUGAGUUUUUAGACUGAUCCAUUUGAUAUGUUUAACAUGAUUUAUUGAGGAUUCUGCUGAUGGAUUAGAAGAUGGUGACGGGAUCAUUUUCCUCUUUCCUCAGGCCCGUAUCUGGGAUGUGCGCCGAUUAGAAGAUGGGUCUUCCCUCGCUCAUCUUGCCCAUGGUCGCGUUGUAAACUCUGCGUAUUUCUCCCCAUUGAGCGGCAGCAAAAUCCUUACCACCUCUCAGGAUAACCGCAUUCGAGUGUGGGAUUCUAUCUUUGGCAAUUUGGAAUCCCCGAGUAGAGAAAUUGUUCACAGCCACGACUUCAACAGGCAUUUGACUCCCUUCAAAGCCGAGUGGGACCCUAAGGUAGCUCGAUCUAUAUAUUUCAGACACAUUCUCAAUUCUUCUGUGUUUGCAUGCGCAUUUUUCCAACGUUACAUGAAACCUUGUCUCUUAUCAUCCGGUACUUGGGCAUCCAGGAUCCUUCAGAGUCGCUGGCUGUUAUUGGACGAUACAUCAGCGAGAAUUAUGAUGGGGUGGCGCUACAUCCAAUUGAUUUCAUUGACACCACCACAGGGCAGCUUGUAGCUGAAGCGAUACAACCAGACAUCACGACCAUAAGCCCUGUUAACAAGCCGCACCCUCGUGAAGAUAUUUUGGCGUCAGGGAGCUCCAGGUAAAAACUCUGCUGCGCUCCUUUCCACUUUUCCAGAUGAUUCUGACGUAAACAAGGUUUGGGGCUGUUGCGUGCAACUUUUAGAGAUAAACGUGCGUAAAAACAUAAGGUAAAAAAGGGUUGCUGCGGGUUUGCUGCGGGUUUGCCCAAGUAAAAACAUAUGUGAGAUGAACUAAUCAAACCUCUGGAGGGUAGAAGACGAAGACUCGGCUGAGAUCCUCUGAUUUAUUUAGGAAAGGGUCUUCCAUAAGGUUUCAGAUGCACCCGAGCAGCCCAAGUUUUCUUGCCUGGAUAUCGGAUCUCGGUUGUCGUCGUAUCACUCCCUGGUCGUGAACAAGAGAGAGAGGGAUUCUUUAGUUAAUGAAUUCUCCCCCACUGUCUGAUCAUAUCAUUAGAUUCCUGGAAAAACAUUAUUGAAUAUGAUUACCUUAUUUCUUUCUAACUGUGGCCUAAAUGCUCCCAUCUCUUGCUUCUGAGUGGGUUGCUAGGAUUCCUUUGUCUCUUGGGUUUUUCCGGUUUUAUUCAGCUUGGUUCUGCUAUUUCUUGUUUACAUGCCGUUUGUUGACUUGCAUUAUUUCCACCAGAUCUCUCUUCAUUUGGAAGCCCAAGGAGACUGCGGAUUUCGAUGAGCAGAGAAAGAGAAAGUCAGACUUCGUUUUCGUCAGACCGGAGAAGGAUUCUAAGGGGGGGAUGGAUUGCGAUAGCGAUGAUGAUUUCGUUUCUGAUCCCAAGGCAAAGAAACCCAAGGGGCACAAGGGUCGCAAGGUUAAACCCUCCGUGAGUUUAUUGUUGUAG